AUGAGCUCCACUCCGUCAUUCGAUGAGAAGACGAUCGCGCCGGUCCUGAACGAGGAUGUACGGACAUAUAGCGACGAGAAAGUCGGCGCGUCGGAUCGGUCGAAGACGGCGUCGCCGGAGGUGUACGUGCCGACGCUCAGCGCAGCCGAGCAAGGGCGGGUGUGGCGGAAGCUCGACCUGUACUUGCUGCCCUUCGUGUCGCUGCUCUACCUCUUCUCCUUUCUUGACCGUGCCAAUAUUGGGAACGCCAAAGUGGCGGGUAUGGCGGCCGAUCUGAAGCUUGAGGGUUUGAAGUACAACAUCGCCGCGGCCGUGUUCUUCAUCCCUUACUCCUUCCUGGAGAUUCCCUCGAACAUUGCGCUAAAGGUCUUCAGACCGUCUAUCUGGAUCCCGUCUAUCAUGAUAGCAUGGGGAUUAGUCAUGACAUGCAUGUGCAAGGUCGAAUCCUUCAACGGGCUUGUCAUCGCUCGGGUGUUCUUGGGUAUGACCGAGACGGGACUCUUCCCUGGCGUCACCUACUACAUCUCCCUCUGGUACCCGCGUCGUCUGCAGGCGAAGCGUGUAGCCCUGUUCUUCUCUACUGGAUCUCUGGCUGGUGCCUUCGGUGGUAUCCUCGCGUAUGGUAUCGAACAUCUUGAGGGCCGUGGCGGUCUUCAUGGUUGGCAGUGGAUCUUCCUUAUCGAGGGACUCAUGACAAUCGUGCUUGCGAUGCUGUCCUUCUUCUUCAUGCACGACUAUCCUGACACGGCGACGUUCUUGACGGAAGAGGAGCGCGCAUUCGUCGUCAACACUCUCAAGGCCGACUCCAUGGGUCAAGCGAAGCACGUCUCGGCAGCAUUCGUCUGGCAAGCGCUGGCGGACUGGAAGAGCUGGGUACAGAUCGGGAUGUACAUCGGUGUCCUCGUACCCGUCUUUGCCGUUGCGCUGUUCAUGCCGUCGAUCAUCGCCGAGCUCGGCUUUGCGAAUGCGGAAGCACAGCUGCUGACGAUCCCGCCCUUCGUCGCGGGCUGCGCACUUACCAUCAUUGUCGGCAUUUACUCCGAUCAUAUCCAAAGGCGCGGCAUCUUUUGCCUGGGAGGCGCGAUCGUUGCGAUGGUUGGUUAUAUCGUCGCAUACACCACGUCCACGCCCGGCGCAGGCUAUGCGGCAACCUUCAUCGCCACCAUUGGCGUAUACCCCGUCAUCGCUGUGGCUUUGGCAUGGGCUGGCGGCAACGCGGGUGGUGAUUUGAAGCGCGGCGUCGUCAUUGCUAUGGUAAUCGGCAUCGCCAAUCUCGGAGGAGUCUGCUCGUCCUUCAUCUACUAUGACCCGCCGCACUACCACCACGGCCACGGCACGAUGCUAGGCUUCCUUGGGUUGUCGAUCAUAUGCAGCUCCGUUCUCAUCUAUACGUAUGAUCGGUUGAACAAGGAGAAGGAGGAGCACUGCCGGCGCGAGGGUAUCACGGCCGAUAUGGCACCACAGUUCGCGAACAUGGGCGACAAGAGUCCGCUCUUCCGCUACGUUCUCUGA